GGGGGGAGGGGAUAUCACAUACAAUUUGGAAUUUUUUUUUUUCUGCUGCUAAAAAUAAAAAAUUUCCAAAAUGGCGCCACGAAGAGAAAAUCGAAUUAACCUCAAAACAACAACAACAAAACAACAAAAAUACUUGGAAUUAAUAAAAAAAUUACCAAAAUGGCAAGAAAUCAAAUCAUUUGCAAUGGAUCCACGUCAAUUAUAUUAUCCAGCAUUAAUAUUUCUUCUAAUUGAGGUAUUUUUAAAUAUUAUCAUCAUUGAACGUGUUCCCUAUACAGAAAUUGAUUGGCGUGCAUAUAUGCAAGAAAUUGAAGGUUUUUUAAAUGGAACAUAUGAUUAUUCAAAAUUAAAAGGCGACACUGGACCACUUGUUUAUCCCGCUGGUUUUGUCUACAUUUACACUGGAUUUUAUUACAUAACCUCAAAUGGUGAAAAUAUUAAAUUAGCACAAUAUUUAUUUGCAAUACUUUAUAUUAUUCAAUUGUCAUUAGUAUUUCGUAUUUAUGCGCGUACAAAAAAAAUACCACCCUAUGCAUUAAUAUUAAUUUGUUGUACAUCAUAUCGAAUACAUUCGAUUUUUGUACUUCGAUUAUUUAACGAUUCAAUUGCAGUGAUAUUAUUGUUUGCAAGUUUAAAUGCAUUUUUGGAUAAUAAAUGGUAUAUUGGAAGUGUUUUGUAUAGUUUUGCUGUAUCGGUAAAAAUGAAUAUUUUAUUAUAUUCACCGGCAUUAUUAUUAAUUUAUCUUUAUAAUUUGGGUUUAUUAAAAACAGUGUUACAUUUAUUUAUUUGUGCAGUGAUACAAUUAAUAUUGGCAUUACCGUUUCUAGUGGAAAAUCCAAUUGCCUAUUUAAUUGGUGCAUUUGACUUUAGUCGUGUUUUUCAAUUUAAAUGGACGGUUAAUUGGCGUUUUUUAUCUGAAGAAUUUUUUAUUGAUAAAUAUUUUCAUUUAACAUUAUUGUUAAUGCAUUUAAUAACAUUGGCAAUUUUCACGCCAAUUUGGAUACGUUAUUUAAAAUCGUAUGCAAAAUUAAAUGAAAUUAAUCAACAAUUAAAGGGACAAUUACGUAAAAUAGAAAAAAUUGAUACCGGUAAUAUUGCACAAUUAUUUAUAUUACCAUUAUUUACUGCUAAUUUUAUUGGUAUUGUAUUUAGUCGUUCUUUACAUUAUCAAUUUUAUGUUUGGUAUUAUCAUACAUUACCAUAUUUAAUUUGGUGUACAAAUUUAUCGACAAUUUUAAAAUUUACAAUUAUUGGAAUUAUUGAAUUUUCUUGGAAUACAUAUCCAAGUACAAUAUUUAGUAGUGUUGCAUUAAAUUUUUGUCAUAUUUUAAUGUUAUUUCAAUUAUUUCAAAAUGGCAACAAAACAAUAAAACAAUCGUGAAAACCGGUAUAAUGAAAAAAAAUAUAACCUUAAAAACAAAAAAAAAAAAUGUAUUUUUU